AUGCCGACUAUUAAAGAAUUCUUCGCCGGAGUGUCACUUUCCGGCGAACCCCAGAAGGGAAAAAAAAUAAUCCUAGCGCUCUUCGCAUCAGUUCUCCUCGUAGCUGCGGUGGUCGGAGUUGUAACCGGAGUUAAAUCCAUGGAAAACAAUUCCGGCAACGGCGCACUUUCCUCGGAAGCCCACGCCGUUGUUAAGUCUUCAUGCAGCAGCACUUUCUACCCGGAACUAUGCUUCUCCGCCAUAGCCAAUGGCGGCGGCGGCGUCGCCGGCAAGAAACUGUCCAGCCAAAAGGACGUCAUCGAGAUCUCUCUGAACAUCACAAUCACCGCCGUGGAUCACAACUCCGCGGCCAUAAAAAAGCUAAUCAAGGCCCGGAAAAACCUGAACGGACGCGAGAAGACGGCGCUGCGAGACUGCAUGGAGAUGGUGGACGAGACACUCCACGAGCUCCACGCCACCGUCAAGGACCUGGAACAGUACCCGACGAAGAAAUCCCUAAUUCGCCACGCCGACGACCUUAAAACCCUAGUCAGCUCCGCCAUUACCAACCAGGGAACCUGCCUCGACGGAUUCUCCCACGAAGACGCCGAUAAGCACGUGAGAGAAGCCCUAAUCGACGGCCAAGAGCACGUGGAGAAAAUGUGCAGCAACUCCCUAGCAAUGAUAAAAAACAUGACCGACACCGACAUUCUAAACCAGAAGAAGCUUUCUGGGAAUACUAAUAAAAACAGAAAGCUGAAAGAAGACCAUAAUGACGGUGCGAAGUGGCCGGAGUGGUUGUCGGCAGGGGACAGAAAACUGCUGCAGUCGUCUAAUGUGAAACCGGACGUUGUGGUGGCGGCGGACGGCAGCGGAAAGUACAGGACGGUGUCGGAGGCGGUGGCGAAGGCGCCGGAGAGGAGUAGUAGAAGGUACGUGAUAAGGAUUAAGGCAGGGUUAUAUAAGGAGAAUGUAGAUGUUCCGAUUACGAAGACGAACAUAAUGUUCGUCGGAGAUGGAAGAAUAAGCACCGUCAUCGCCGCAAGUCGUAAUGUCGUCGACGGCAGUACCACCUUCCAUUCUGCCACCGUCGGGGUGGUGGGGGCAAGAUUUUUUGCCCGGGACAUAACUUUUCAAAACACGGCGGGGCCGGCGAAUCAGCAGGCGGUGGCGCUCCGAGUCGGCUCAGAUCAAUCGGCGUUCUAUCGAUGCAACGUGAUCGCGUACCAAGACUCCCUCUACGUUCACUCCAACCGUCAAUUCUUCGUCAACUGCUACGUCGUCGGCACGAUCGACUUCAUCUUUGGCAACUCCGCAGUGGUUUUCCAAGAUUGCGACAUCCACGCCCGCCGCCCUGGCCCGCAGCAAAAGAAUAUAGUCACGGCCCAGGGGAGAAUGGACCGGAACCAGAACACCGGAAUUGUGAUUCAGAAGUCUAGGAUCGGAGCCACUCCCGACCUAAGACCAUUCCAGAAGGAGUUCCCGACGUUUCUCGGCCGACCGUGGAUGGAAUACUCUAGAACCGUUAUUAUGCAGAGUUCAAUCACCGACGUGAUUGACCCCGCUGGCUGGGAUAUAUGGGACGGAAACUUCGCCCUCAAUACAUUAGUGUACCGAGAAUACAAUAACACUGGCGCCGGAGCUGACACGUCCAGGAGAGUUAACUGGAAAGGCUUUAAAGUCAUCACCAACUCUGCCGAGGUCGUAUCCUACACCCCCGGUGUGUUCAUAGACGGCGAUAACUGGUUGAGUGGAACCGGUAUCCCAUUCUCUUUGGGCCUUUAAAGUUGACCCGUUUAGUCUUGGGCCAGCCUGCAGUGGGCGACUGCCAAUAAAACAUAGUUUAGUUUGCUUGUCCAUUGUAAAUUGCAAAGGAAAAUGUCC